AAUUAAAGGUUUUUAUAAGAAAUAUAGAACAGUUUUUCAAUAAGGUAGCGUCAAAUUAAAUAAGGUAGAGAAGACAAGGUAACGCGAAGGAAGAGAACCGAAAUCUGGAAUUUUUACAUUCAUUAGUGUAGUAUAUUUGUAAUAUUUAUAAAAGGCAAUGGAUUUGGAUCCACAAGAUCUACCAUCCACACAACAAACUCAACAGCAACCAAAUAUUUUUAAUGGAUUCGGUUCAACGGAUUCUUCAAUGUUUCAACAAAAUUAUCAACAUCAACAACCACAACAACAACAACAAAUAUUCCCAGUUUCUGGGUCUUUCGGUACUAUAAAUCAGGCAAUACCAAUGCCCGCUCCACCUGGUAUGCAAGCAGAUACUGUUAUAUCACAACAAACAAUGGAAAUUCAAUCAAAUAAUCAAUUAUCAACGCAACCUUCCAAUGAAAUUCGACCUCCAGUAGAUGUAGAAAUCGAUUCAUUAUUAUUACAACAAUUUAGUUGUUUAGGUACAACAGAUCACGAAGAUUUAAUAAAUCAAUUACAAAGUUUAAUGAAUAAUCAAUGUAAUAAAGAUACUGCAAGAUUUUUCUUGGAAAUGAGUAAUUGGAAUUUGCAAACUGCCGUGUGUUGUUAUUUAGAUUAUUAUCAAAUGUCUGUAUUACCAUCUAUGAAAAUUUUAGAAACAUCCCGUCCAUCUGAAUUAACACAAGUAUGGAAAUUACAAAAUAAUGGUAAUGAACAAUGGCCAACGGGAUGUUAUUUAAUGUCACAAAGUCAAACAAAACGCAUCGAAGUUCCAGCAAUAAGAUCUGGUGAAACAUGUAAUAUACAUGCUGAUAUACCAUUGUCUAGCCCUCCGAUUAAAUGGCGAUUAUGUACACCAAAUGGCUGUUGUUUUGGAGAAACGAUAUGGAUGGUACCAUCAGAUUCAGAAGAUGAAACAUCAGAUUUAGCGAAUAGAAUGUCACAAUUACGCACAACGCAACAAGAUACGACAACUGCAACAUCGACAGAAAAUUUUCCUCAAGUAAAUGUUGUGAUAUCGGUUAAAAUGGAUUAAAAAUAAGAAAUCCUUGAUUUUUUUUUUUUAAUUUUAUUUUUAUUCUUAUAAGAAAUUGUUGUUUUUCUAUUAUUAAUGUAAAUUAAUGUAAUAAUACAUUUAUAAAACUUUAUAUAUACACACAUUUAUAUAUAUAAGAAAAUUAAUUAUUUUCUAUUUAAAAUAGUUAAAAAAAUAAUGAAAAUGUAAAGGAAAAAAUAUUUUAAGAAUUUUUUAAUUCUUACUUUCGAAUUUGAAAAAACGGAACAAAAAAUAAUAUAUAAAAAAAAAACACUAUUUUUAAAUUUAAAUUAAUUUUUUUUCUCAAUUAACUAAGAAUUUAU